AGGUUCUGGGCUGAGGGUUGCUUUCCGUGGCCCCUCGGCUUACCGGUGGGUGCUUGGGCCGGUGGUGUGGGGUCGCCCUGAGGUCCCUUCCCAGGCGACUUCCGGGACCUCAUCCCGAGCCUCCUGGAAGAGAAGGGCCUAAAACAGAACGUUGCUAGCCCUUGUUGAGGACCAGGCUCUGUCACCUGGGAGGACCGUUUAAUCUGCAGUUCAGCCGUGAGAGAGAUCGGUGUCCUGUGUACAGAGGAGGAAACUGAGGCCCCGCAAGAUCACCAUUGUGUGUUUCACAUCAGGAAUGAAAUCUUCUGAAAGCUAAGAGCAGCAGCCUUUGUAGUCAACAUGGAGGACAAAAGACGGCGAACCCGUGUUCAGGGAGCCUGGGCUGGCUCUGCUAAGAGCCAGGCCGUUGCUCAGCCAGCUACCUCUGCUAAGGGCCAUCUCCACCAGAGGCCUGGUCAGACCUGGACAAACCAGGAGCAUCAUCUGUCAGACAAACAGUUUGUAUUCAAAGAACCCCAGCAGGUGGUGCGCACAGCCCCGGAGCCGCGAGUGAUCGACAAAGAGGGUGUAUAUGAAAUCAGCCUGUCAUCCACAGGCAUAUCUAGGGUGCGUUUGUAUCCUGGCUUUGUUGACUUAAAAGAGGCUGACUGGGUGUUGGAACAGCUUUGUCGGGAUGUUCCCUGGAAACAGAGAACCGGCAUCAGAGAGGAUGUAACUUACCAGCAACCGAGACUCACAGCAUGGUAUGGAGAACUUCCUUACACUUACUCCAGAAUCACUAUGGAACCAAAUCCUCACUGGCACCCCGUGCUGCGCACACUGAAGAACCAAAUUGAAGAGAACACAGGCCACACCUUCAACUCCUUGCUCUGCAAUCUGUACCGAAAUGAGAAGGACAGUGUGGACUGGCACAGCGAUGACGAGCCCUCGCUAGGGAGGUGUCCGGUCAUCGCUUCGCUUAGUUUUGGUGCCAUGCGUACUUUUGAGAUGAGAAAGAAGCCCCCACCAGAAGAGCAUGGAGACUACACAUACGUGGAAAGAGUGAAGAUACCCUUGGCUCAUGGGACCUUGUUAAUCAUGGAAGGAGCUACGCAAGCUGACUGGCAGCACCGGGUGCCCAAAGAGUACCACUCUAGAGGGCCAAGAAUAAACCUGACCUUUCGGACAGUCCACCCAGACCCUAGAGGGCACCAGUGAUGUGAAGUGUCUGAGAGAGCAGCCAGGCUGAGACUGAGCAAACCUUCCGCCGUGGAGACACUGCGAGAGGCUGGCCCAGCUGGUCUCCGUGCGGCUGGUUGGAGGAUGGGGUGGGAUUUACUUCCCAGCUCAGAGUCCUGUUAAGUACCACCCAGCAGCUCAUGUUCAUACGAUGUUUACUGUGGGAGCAGCAAUCCCUAAUCGCAUCUUGAAAUCACAUAUUUUGUUUGGGAAAAUUAAAAACCCCUGUGGCUGUGAGCAGAUGACUCUGUCCCCAAGCAAUUUUUCUCCUGACCUUUCCUGCUUUGCUUGAAAAAGCAGAAAUGGCCUUUGCCACUGGUCUAAAUGCACACGUGCUGCUCCUGUGGCUUCAGUGAAGUGGACGUGGAAAUGUGCGUCAGGACGGGGGGUGUCC